AAAACCAGCCUGACUGAUGUCAUCAUCCGUAUUUCUCAAUUCCUAAUUCACAGUCGCUGUUUAUUUAAUUACUGAAGCUGGGGCUAGGACACAUAGCUAAUUAAGCUGUUAUUCAUUUGGCUUAGCAGUAUACAGUUUACUUGAAAACGGAUUGUGUUUCAACAACCUUGAGGACAGAACAUGUGUGCUACAUUUCGUAAAAGACUGUAGAUUUCGGGAAAAGUGUACCCUGCAUGCAGUACCAUGUCAGGUACAGAGCAGAAUAUAGUGAACUCUAUGCAACAGUUAUCCGUGCAAUCGAGCAACAGUGGUCCUACUGAGAAGCCAACACAAGUAGUCACUCCAGCUGUGAAGAGCCAGCCUGCCUCUGCCGCUAAGAUAACCCCUGUGAAAGUGAGCUCUGUGUCCCCAGCUAUUGCUACUAUUGACAGACUCUUGAGCCUUGGUGCUAACAUACCCCCACCACCACCACCUGUCAUUACAAGAUCCUCAGAUAUGGACCCCCACACUGUUGAACAACUGCGGGCUGUCAAAGAGCUCCUCACGGCUCAAGAAGAAGAGGCACAGAACUUAAGAGAUCUAAACCGUGACCUCAAGGAGCGUUUGGAAGAAUGUGAAACAAAAAUUAAAAAGUUGUCAGAACAAAAUGAAGAAUAUUCAGAGAAAGAAAAAGCUCUCUCACAGCGUGUAGCUGAAAAAGUGAAAAAUAAUAAACAAAUGAGUGUGGUGAUGGAGGAGUAUGAGAGAACCAUCUCUUCGCUGAUUGGUGAACGUGAAGCAGAGGCUAAGAGGUGGGCUGAGGAGAGGAGUACUCUUGUACAAGAGAGAGAUGAGGCAGCAGCACAUCUGGGAUCUAUGGAGCAUGCCUUUAAUGAUGUUCAUACAAAGUAUGAACGGUGUAAAGUCAUAAUACAAGGUUAUAAGGGGAAUGAGGAAACUUUAAAGAGAACUGUUGAAGAGAACACAGAUGCUAUACAAAAAUUAGAAGCAAGAUAUGAGACAUUGCGACAGCAUGCAAUGCAGCAGCUUAACAAAGCUAAUGCAGAGUUGGAUGCCGUGAAGAAGGCUCACCAAGCAGAGAUUCUGAAACUGAAUGCCAUGCUGAAAAAGAGUGAGGUACAUGCUUCAUCGUUACAGGAAUCACUCGCUCAGAAAAUAAAAGAUAAUGAGGAGCUCACUGCCAUCUGUGAUGAACUCAUUAACAAGGUUGGUUAAUUGAUGUUUAUCUAACAUGCAUUUUAAUAUAUUUAUAUUAUUUAUAUCCAGGUAAUGAAUUAUACAGUAACAAUUAUGCAACAACCCAUUUAAAUGUAUAAAUAUCAGUCAAUAAUAUUUGUUACCAUUUCUCAAAUUCACAUUUGCUAUGUUACAUAAUAUGUAUAAGUUAUUCAAUGUGUGAAAAUAAUUUAAUUAUGUGCAAUGUUUCUUAUUUUUUAUUUUUGUACAUUUUUUUUUAAAUUAGUAUUAAGUUUUUAUAUUACUUUAUGACAUUUUUAUUGUUGUUAAUUACAACAUUAUUGAUAGAUUUGUUUUGUAUUACAUUCAGUAUUCUGUCUUAGUUGGUGCCUUUUCUAAAAACAGUAAUAUUGAAUAUUGUUUCGUUGAAUUAAUAACAUUAUUUAAUGGUACCCCAGUUGUAAUCUACCUGUAAUAUUUGUUGUAAAAUAUAAUUUUCCCAAAGAAUUUAAUAUCAAAGUGGAGCUCAAUGUAUUACGAAUAAUCCUUAUUCACAUUUUGAGAAGUAUCUUCCUGAUUAGCUGCCAUAUUUGAUUUUGAAAUUUCAAUUAUAAUUAUGUAUAAAGUAUAGUAGAUGUUUAAACUUUAUGUAUGUGCUUGAAAUGUAGUGUUAAUCAUGAAAAGGAAAUUCUUUAGAAUAUUGUCAUGUUAAGUGCUAGUUUCUAUGACAUCGACAAGUAUUGUAAGGUUGAAACUGAAAUUAAUCUGGACAUUAUUGGUUUUGUUCUUCUAGUCCUUUGAAAUUAUGAAUAGCUGGGCAACAAAGCUGUUUACAAUGCUGGGUAGACUAUAGCACGAGAUAAUCUAGGAAAGAAAGAGCUUUAGAAGUUUUAUGAACAGCUAACAUUCAUUUGUUUUAGUAAAAUAAUUUAAAAGCAAUAAUAGUACUAUUGUAGAUUAGACACAUACACAUCUAAUAUAAAUAGCUUUGCUGCUACUUUAACAAGGUAUUCUCCUCAGUAGAAAUAUGAAUGCAUAUCUUCAAAUUCAAACUGCCUUUCGUCCUAUAAUGAGAACCAAUCCAUGCUUAAAGCAUCCUCCCCAUAAAUACACAAAUAUUAUAGUUUGUCCCAUAUAAGUUACUAAUUUACUAACAAAAUGUAUUUAACAUUUUAUCUCAUAUUGUAACGUGCCUUCAAAUAUAACCAUCACCAUCCAUACAGUCCAUUGUAUUGUGAUUUCCUUAAAUUUUUGAAAUUGAACUACAUCAAGAGGAAAUUUUCGAUUUCCCUUGUUAUUUUGAUUUUGUCAAAUAAAUGUAUUUAGGAUAAGUGAAAAAUGGAUGGUUUAAAAAUAAGGGAAAACUAAAAUAAAAAAGUUACUAAAUAAUUACAAGCCUGAACGAUUAUCGACAUUCCACGAUUUUAUUUUUAUAGAUCUUUUAUGUGAAAAGAAAUAUAAUUUUCAAUAAUACACAUGUUCUCAUAGUUUUGCUAAAACUCUUAUCAAGUUGCAGAUUGUUACGUCUAACUGUUUCAUUUGUAAACUCAAAAUUCUCAUUUUCGCCUUUUAGUUCUAAGCAUAAUUUUGUAAUAUUAUUACAUAUUUUUUGUAUAAUUAUCUAUAAUUCGUACGAAUUGCCUACAAUUUAUGUGAAUAAAAUGAGAAUUAAAUCGAUUCCACAUUUGUA